AUGUCUGAUCUAAUGUUUUCAAAUUUGUUGGAGGAUGAUCAAGAGGAGUAUGGAGCUGUAGAGACAAUGGAUCCUCAGCUUUACAAAGCUACUAUAGGAGGGGAUCUUCUUGAAUUUGUAAGAGAAAUGGAAAGGUUGUCUAAUGAUAGGCAUCAGUGCUAUCUUCCAGCUUCUUGUGUCCAACUAGGCCCUCAGAAGAACACGAUUCUUCACCUAGCGACAAGCUAUGGACAUCAUGAGAUUGUCAAACUUGUCUGCAAGGACUUACCUCACUUGCUGGCAGAAAAAGAUGCAAGAGGUGAUACUGCCCUUCAUCUUGCUGCCAGAGCUGGUGAUACAAAUCUGAUCCUGUUGUUGACGGAUUCAGAUUAUGCCGUUUUGGCCCUUUUGGGUGCAACGAAUGAGGAAGACAACACUCCCCUGCAUGAGGCAUUGAUUCAUCGUCAUGAAAAUGUAGCCAGAACUUUGAUUGAUAAAAAUCGAAAUAUGAAUUAUUCUGUCAACCAUGAAGGGAAAUCUUUAAUGUAUCUGGCCGCAGAAGCAGGAUAUGUUGCCAUCAUUAGUCUCCUAAUGGAUAACCCUGUUGGAAAUUACGCACUUGACGGAAAGCAUAAAAACAAAUCACCUGUUCAUGCUGCAAUUCUUGGAAGGAACAUUGAUGUCCUGAAACUGUUCUGGAGAAAAGAUCGGUCAUCCUUUUACAAAAGGUGUGAAAAGGGAGGAAAUCCUCUUCACUGUGCUGCAUACAUUGGUUUUACUGAUGGGAUCAGCUUCUUACUGAAAAAAUCAUAUAUUCUUGCUUAUUUGAGGGAUAGACAAGGUCUUCUCCCCAUUCAUAUGGCAGCGAGUCAAGGUCAUGUUGAUAUUAUUCAAUUAAUGGUCCAAGACCGGCCAGAUUCAAGGGAACAGCUCACUUUACAGGGCCAAAAUAUCCUCCACAUUGCUGCAAAAAGUGGAAAAUGCAGAGCACUUGAGCGUAUGCUCAAAAUGCCAGAAGUAGAGAAACUUAUAAAUGAAAAAGAUGCAGAUGGAAACACCCCUUUACAUGUGGCUACAAUAUAUGGUCAUCCCAAGGUAGUGAGCAGUCUGACAUGGGACGAGCGUGUUAUCCUUCAGCUGGAAAACAAAGAUGGCCUAACUGCACUUGACAUUGCUGAGGAACAAAUGAAACCAUACAUGGCCUCAUUUCAGAAGCGUUUGACAUGGAUGGCCUUGAGAGUUGUGGGCGCUCCAAAAGCUCCCCAUUCUAAGUCUGUAACAGAUGUCAAUCUUAUGCUCGAAGAACAGCCAACAACAGAGAAUUACAGAGAUAAGGUUAAUGUGAUUCUGUUGGUAGCUACACUUGUGGCAACUGUGACCUUCUCUGCCGGUUUUGCAAUGCCAGGCGGUUACAAAAAUUCUGAUCCAAACCAAGGCAUUGCCAACAUGCUAGAAAAAGUCAAGUUUCAGGAGUUUGUUAUAUGUGAUUCUUUAGCAAUGUACAGCUCCAUUGCUGUGGCUGUUAUGCUCCUCUGGGCACAGUUGGGAGAUCAGAAGUCCAUGCACGUGGCCUUAAAGUUAGCAUUGCCACUGCUGGGGAUAGCACUUGCUAUGAUGUCAAUAGCAUUCAUGGCAGGAGUUUACCUGGUGGUCAGCAAACUCAAUUGGCUUGCCCAUUUUGUGUUGUUCAUGGGCUCGAACUUUGUCAUAGUGCUGAGAAUGAAGCUGCAGAAUAGAUGCAGUUCUUGUGGUUCUGUAAUCUGUUCACAGCCUCCGUUGAGGUCCUGUGAAUUCUCAGUUAGUGGACAGGAUGCUACCGACAGCAAGUUUAACCCUGGUACCAUACAAGGCGUCGCUUCUGCGCUAAAUUGGACUUGUUUAUGGGACCUGGUGAUUGCUCCUCGCUUAUGGCUAGUUUGGGAGUUCUCAGUGCAGGAUACGGAAGAAAAGAAGAAAAAGUUCAAGGGAAGAGAAAGGAUGGGAACACUCUUCUAA